ACUGUACUGUAUCCGAGGCGCUUCCUGCAUGUCCUGCUGCCCUGAGCUGUCCCAAGCUAGGUGACAGCGUGUUAAUGCCGCCACCAUGAAUGAGGUGUCUGUCAUCAAGGAAGGCUGGCUCCACAAGCGUGGUGAAUACAUCAAGACUUGGAGGCCCCGGUACUUCCUUCUCAAGAGUGAUGGCUCUUUCAUUGGGUAUAAGGAGAGGCCUGAGGACCCUGACCAGACCUUACCCCCCCUGAACAAUUUUUCUGUCGCAGAAUGCCAACUGAUGAAGACUGAGAGGCCACGGCCCAACACCUUUGUCAUACGCUGCCUGCAGUGGACCACGGUCAUCGAGAGGACCUUCCAUGUAGACUCUCCAGAUGAGAGGGAAGAGUGGAUGCGGACUAUCCAGAUGGUCGCCAACAGUCUGAAGCACCGGGACCCAGGUGACAAUGCCUUAGAGUAUAAGUGUGGCUCCCCCAGUGACUCUUCCUCAUCUGAGAUGAUGGAGGUGGCGGUCAACAAGGCACGGGCCAAAGUGACCAUGAAUGACUUCGAUUAUCUCAAACUCCUUGGUAAGGGCACCUUCGGCAAAGUCAUCCUCGUGCGGGAGAAAGCCACUGGCCGCUACUAUGCCAUGAAGAUUCUGAGGAAGGAAGUCAUCAUUGCCAAGGAUGAAGUCGCCCACACGGUCACUGAGAGCCGGGUCCUGCAGAACACCAGACACCCCUUCCUUACUGCCCUGAAGUAUGCCUUCCAGACCCAUGACCGCCUGUGCUUCGUAAUGGAGUACGCCAACGGGGGCGAGGUGAGUCGAGCCACCUUCUAUCCUGCUUCCCGUGAAGCCAGUGCUAGAGGGAAAACCCUGGGAGGAUCUGAUCUGUCCCUCAUAUGUUGGCUUGUUUGUUUGUUUGUUUGUUUUAAACAGCUGGAAAACCUUAUGCUGGACAAAGACGGCCACAUCAAGAUCACUGACUUUGGCUUGUGUAAAGAGGGCAUCAGUGACGGGGCCACCAUGAAAACCUUCUGCGGCACCCCAGAGUACUUGGCACCCGAGGUGCUGGAGGACAAUGACUACGGACGUGCAGUGGACUGGUGGGGGCUGGGCGUGGUCAUGUACGAGAUGAUGUGUGGCCGCCUGCCCUUCUACAACCAGGAUCACGAGCGCCUCUUUGAGCUCAUCCUCAUGGAGGAGAUCCGCUUCCCACGGACGCUUGGGCCGGAGGCCAAGUCCCUGCUGGCUGGACUGCUGAAGAAGGACCCUAAGCAGAGGCUCGGCGGAGGUCCCAGUGAUGCCAAGGAGGUCAUGGAGCACAGGUUCUUCCUCAGCAUCAACUGGCAGGAUGUGGUACAGAGAAAGCUCCUACCACCCUUCAAACCUCAGGUCACUUCCGAAGUGGACACAAGGUACUUCGACGAUGAGUUCACCGCCCAGUCGAUCACAAUCACACCCCCGGACCGCUAUGACAGCCUGGGCUCGCUGGAACUGGACCAGCGGACGCACUUCCCCCAGUUCUCCUACUCAGCCAGCAUCCGAGAGUGAGCAGCCCUCUGCCACCACAGGACACAAUCAUGGCUGCCAUCCACUGCCUGGGUGGCUUUUUAAAGAAAACCUUAUUUUGCCUUUUGGUUUGUGUUCCCUUCCCUGUCCCCCUCACUUGUAUAUCCAGUUUCUUCUUCAGUUCUUGCCCAGAUUAGUGCCCUGGCAGCCAUCUCCUCCGGCCUCCCCUCUAUUCCCAGAUGCAUGCUGGGAAAGUGCCCAAGGAUGGGCUGUUGGGAGGAUGGAGAGAGGCUAUAAAUGACCACCAGCCUCCAAGAGGAAGUGGGAGCCACGGGGUCACCUGGGCUUGAGGGCCAGCCAGCAGGGGCCACAUCUGGAUGAAACCUGCCACCCCCAGCACCCCAGGUGCCUUCUAUGCUGUUACUGGGCUGUCUGUCUGCUCCCGCCUCACCUGGGGCAGAAACGCAACAGCGCCCAGGGGCGGGCAGAGGCCUUCGGAAGCUGAAGGAUCUGGGUUUGGCUCCAUAGAAAAUGGAGCCAAAUCCUUGGAUCUUGGUGGGGGGUCAGGACCAGGAGCUGCCUCCUAAACCUGCCUCUUCCUCCCAAGCUGCUCUCUUGAUUCUGGACAGAGCAGGAGGAAUAUUUGGGGGCCAGCCCCCCUGCCCACAGCCUCGUGCCUUACCAGGGCUUCCUUCUAGCCAGCCUUGCCUCCCGAUGGGCCCCAGCCCCUUUGGAAGGCUCCAUUUUCUGCCUGGGGCAGAAGGAAGCCAACCUUGGCUGUUACACAUCUCACACCGAGACAGUAUUGGGCCCCUUGGACUUGACUGGGGCCUGAGAGGGGACACAGAUGGGGACAGGUGUCUCUGGUACACAUUGGGGUGGGGCCACCUCAUCUCCAGGGCCCCUGCUCUGGAGCCUUAAGGCGAAUGUGUGAGUGCGAGUCUGUCCGUGCUGUGGGUGGCCGUGUGCACCCUGCUCUAGCGGUGAGCAUCUCAGGCUCCUGGGAUGCAGGCGCCUUCAGCUGUGUGCAGUAGCACAGGUGUGAGUGAGCAGGCUCAGCCGAAACCCCAGCCGGAGUGUUUGGUCCCAUGGAGUGCAGCCGGUCCACCUGCUGCUCUGGCCAUGUUGCCCCAUCCCCAAUAUCUCUGGGUGUUUGGAAUUGAGUUUUCCUGGUUUUCCUAUCCCACCCCACCCCUCAGACUAGAUACAUUACAAAAAGGCAGUAGGGUGGGGGUGGGCAGGGAUGAUGUGGGGGUCGUCUGUUUUUUCCUUUUUAUGUGUGUAUGUUUAUCUGAGAGUUCUCUCCCACCCCUACUGGCCUUCCCUUACUUGUCAUAUUUGUACGGUACAAGCAAUAAAGACACUCAUUUCAGACCAGG